AGAAGAAGAAGAAGAAGAAGCAGUGCAACUGUGACCGAUAAGCCACCUGUGUAAUGGCUAGUCUCCGUUAAUGUUUUAUUUAACCCACAGUGGAGGACAUUACCGGAGAAACACCAUGUUCCCGGCCAAGCUGACCAGCCAGUUAACUCUGAACACCCUGAGGAGGAUUUAUCAUGGAGCUCUUUGCUCCCUGUCGAACGUCUUCCUUCACACAGAAGGAGGGAGGACUAGAGAUGGGACGAGUCUCCACUCAGAUUCCAGCGUGUUGAAGAGAGGACUUUACGGCCAGAGGGUUUUGCACCCUUCACUCAGACCACACGCAACACGGCAAUAUGGGAGAAGAUCAUUCAGUUUAUCAGCUGCCACAGUUGUGAAUUCAGCACCCGGUCCUGUCCAGCCGUACCUCCGGUUGAUGAGGCUGGACAAACCUAUUGGGACAUGGCUGCUCUACCUCCCGUGUACAUGGAGCAUUGCUCUGGCUGCCGACCCCGGAUGCCUCCCACAUCUGGGCAUGCUCACCCUGUUUGGUGCAGGUGCCCUGCUGAUGAGAGGAGCGGGCUGCACCAUCAAUGACAUGUGGGAUAAAGACUUUGACAAAAAGGUGGCCCGUACGGCAACUCGACCCAUUGCAUCAGGAGAGAUUUCUCAGAGGCAGGCACUGGUGUUCUUAGGAGGGCAGCUUUCACUGGCACUCGGGGUUCUCUUGUGUCUCAACUAUUACAGCAUAGCUUUGGGUGCUGCCUCUUUAUCUCUUGUCAUCUCCUACCCGCUGAUGAAGAGGAUCACCUAUUGGCCACAGUUUGUGUUGGGCCUCACCUUUAACUGGGGAGCGCUGCUCGGCUGGUCUGCUGUCAAGGGCUUCUGUGAUUGGUCCGUAUGCCUCCCGCUGUAUUUCUCAGGAGUGAUGUGGACGCUGAUAUAUGACACAAUUUAUGCACAUCAGGAUAAGGAGGACGACAUGAAGAUAGGAGUCAAAUCUACUGCACUGAGGUUUCAUGAGCAAACCAAACCGUGGCUCAGUGGCUUCAUGGUGGCCAUGAUGUCAGGACUGGUUGUAACUGGAGUCAAUGCUGAACAGACUCUCCCUUACUAUGCUGUACUGUCCACAGUGGCCGUUCACCUAACGUAUCAGAUUUACUCAUUGGACAUUAACAGACCAGAGGACUGCUGGAAGAAGUUUUCCUCAAACAGAAACCUCGGACUGUUGUUACUUUUAGGCAUUGUUGCCGGCAAUUUGUGGAAAGAAAGAAGAGAGACUUUGCUGCAAAACGACGAAGCGGUCAGAUAAGUGAGAUCAGCAGAACAAUUUACAGAACAUCACAAUCACAUGCUACAAUGUUGGGUUUUUAAUUCUGGACGAAGCCCCAUGAGACAACAAAAAGACCUACCAGAAGCUGUGUGAUUUUAAAUUUAAAUUUUAAAUUUAUUUCUUUGCUCAUGAAAACAUUUACAGCUUUAAAAUGUCCUUUCAAUGAAUAUUGUUGAAAUUAAAUUAUUAAAUAAUACACCUCCUAGUACAUACAAAUAUAAUUCACCUCUAUCUUCAAAUGCUGCUAAGUGGACCUCCAGUUGCUGCACAAAUAAACGCAAAACAACAUGUAGUCACAAUAAACAUGCAUAAUGUGUUGUUUAUGUUCAAAGCUGCAUUAACAAUUUUUACCACUAGAGAGCCGACAAGUGGCCACCGUAGGUAGUAUUUACUGGUUGUUUGGUUUAAUUUCCAAUUAUUGAGAAAAAUAUCUGAGUCUUUAUUUUCACUCUCUCAUGAGUGACUUGUUUACUUCAGCCUCUGUCUGAACACACCCUGUCUGAGAUUGCUUCAAUAAGCUGUUGAAGUAAACUGUUGAACUCUGAGAUUGCUGGAUGGAAUUGGAUGCUGCCAAUUUUUUUUUAAUGAGUUUUUUUUUAGAUUAUCACACUUAACCAUGACGUACAUGUGCAGGGUGAUGACAUAGUCUAAAAGCUGCCUCAGGCCUGCUCUCUCACAUGACCGGGUGUUAUUUAUUUCAGUGGCAAUAUCAAAAUGACACAUUGAAUAUGAUUAUCCAUCGCUACGCUGUGAAUAACAGCUUUUCCGCACAACAACAACAACAACAUCAAAACACAGUACAGUAAGACGACAUGAAGUCCAUUCAUAUAUUUAAAUGACAGAACAAGCCUGUCGUAGUUCACAGGAUUACAUUACUAAACUGUGUUGAGUUUUAAUAAGAUAAAGAGCAGAAUUAUGUUAAAAAGGGGAAACAGACCUAUGUAUGUUUUGGACAAAAGUCUCAAACCAGACAUAUUUCUUAAUUCUACUGCUGUAACGAUACAAGCAACACACAUUUGAGUGUUAAUCCAGCUUAAACAAGCGUAUAUUUUCCUCCACAUUGGCGAGACUUUUGGGUACAGGUAGCUGUGUAUAUGAUAAUCUGCCUUCACCGUUGCUGCCCAGGUCAAAAUUCCCACAAUGUGACCUAAAUGACAACCAUGCCACCACAGUGAGAAACUAAAAGUCAUGAACAACGGGAAACGUUUGCACCUUUUAUACACCAGUCUACGCAGCCAUGAAGCUGUUGUGGCGUUCCAUCGACGGGCAAACUCUGACAUACGGCUCGACGCUUCGAUGGUCCAGAAAUCUCCAUCGGAUAGUCCGCGCCAGUCUGGGGGGUCUCCUGGUGAAUGUACCCAAAAGCCAAACCCAGCUGCGUUAUUGAGGCAUUCACUGAUCCUCCAGUGAGAAUAAUAUUGAAUCCUCAAAGUCCCCGCCAGACCCAAAACCCACAGGAUGCCAUAGAGAGCGAUUGAGUUGGAGGGAUCAUAGGUGUUCAGAAAAUGGACAAGACAGUACCUUACCAACUCCAGCAGUAACACCUGCAUCAGUUUUAAGAAGACCAAACCCAGUGGAUUAGGUGGAGGGUUAAGGCUGAUCCCCGCCAUUAAGGACACAAAUCGUCUGUAGGAGCACAAAGGGCCUCCGAGCAGUGUGGUGAAAUUGAAGAUGUAGCUGACAAGAGGGAGAAGCGUCGCACAAGCCUUCCUUUUGGAUGAAGCAUUGAGUGUUAGCCGAACUCGUUGCUCCUGCAGGUCCAUGGACACUGAGGUGAUUCUCUGAGUGAGCAGCAUCAAAGAGGACACUGCCCAAAACAAUCUGAAAGUGGAGGAGUUCAUGUUGAAAUAUUUGUAUGCAUUUCAUGUGUUUUUUUUCCCAGAGCACAGAGCGAAAUGUCAUUCAACAACUUGAGUUCAAAGCAUGUUUAACUGUCUGCAUUCAUGUUAUAUCCAGAGGGUUCAAAAGCAUGAACAUGUCAGUUUAUAUACCGAAGAGCUGAUUUAUGAUUAGUACCUGAUGCUGACCGGCUCAUGUAGGUAGUAUUCCCUGUACUGAAUAAGCAGGUGCCAGAAAGUCUGCCACAACAUCUGGAUACCAAACACCCAGGCGUGGACACAGCUGGGAUCCACAGAGCACACCAGCAGAAUAAAGACCAUGGUGGAGGUGAAGAGAAGCGAGCUGUAGAUGCCCAUUGUGACGACCGCCAGGACGCAUCCACCAAAACAAACAAACACGUACCUGUAGGUGGAAUUAUUGAUUCAACGUUUAGGCUACUUUCUAAGCAAAAAUGGCAAAAGUUUGCUGGUUGCAGCUUCUCCAAUAUGAGGAUUUGCUGUUUUUAAAUCAUUAUAAACUGAAGAUAAUUGGCUUUUGGACCGUUAGUGGGACAAUACAAGACAUCUUAUGAGAUCAACAAAGACUGAAAAUGUAAUGACCAUUUUCUGAUAUUUUAUAGGGCAAACAAUCAUAAAUUAUCUGCAGAAUAAUUGAUAAUGAAAAUGAUUGUUAGUUGCACUUAUUUAAUAUUUGUUAAAUAUAUUUAUUUAAAGAAAACAUUUAACAACAACAAAUUGCUGUAGUGGAGAAGUUAAAAAUACAGUCAGAUAAAUAAAAUGCUAACAAAUGAAUAUGAGAUAAAAGAAGUAUAAAAUGUCUGCAGUAUUGAAUACCCUGUUGUUGUGGUCCUGCUGUUGACUUAUGUUCCGGUUGAACCGAUUAUUUUACAUUUCAUUUGAUUUACAAAUCCAACUUCACAAACCUAAUGUUUAAAUCCAAAUGCGUAUAGAGUAUAAAGAGCAUAAGGCUCCAGGAAUAACAAUAACGUGACACAUUUCUUUGAAAAGUUAGUUUGGCAUAUAAUACAAAUUCAUCGAUUUUUCAAUUACAUACCUGCAUGUCAAGGACAGAUAUCCCCGUUUAGCAAGGAAAAAAAACAAAAAUGCGAAUGGAAGUGAAAAACAUUGGUGCAGUAGAAACUGAUGUCGUUCCCAGAAGCAGCUCAUCAAACCCAUAUCUGAAUCUCCGGGUGAAUAUCACAGAGAGAAGAACAAAGCUGCUGAUAGCAGACGUUUGCUGCCGAUUGUCCUAUUAAAGAGGGGAAAUGCUUGUUUUACCUGGACUGACUGACUCUACCAUUCCACCUGUGGCCUGCAUUAAAGCAAUCCCUUUUAUUUACCAUUCUCACACAGUACUGAUAAUAUUUAAUCCGUUUGUUGAUCCGUAGGCUUUUUAUCAGUCCAUAUUUGAGCAACUGUAGUAACCAAAUCAAACACACAGCAACUGUUUUCACUCUCUUCUUCCUUUGUGUUUGGUUUGAGUUUCUCACAAACUGCCCACAAUCUUAAUCUCUGUGUGUAAUUUCACUCAGCUAUAUUUAGAUUUUCAUAUUUAAGGUUUUUAUUGGAUCUUGUCUCAAGAAAGAUUUACUAAAUGUUAGAAAUUAUAGGAACUGAUUCAAAAAUUACAAAUAUUACAAGCAACAGUUUAUUUGUAUAAAACAUGAAAAACAAUUAGAUAAAGAGUGAAAAUGAGAAAUGAUACAAUUGUGAGUGAGCUUAUGACCAAAGAAAAUAAACAUUUAACACCCGAGGUUGUAUUUUCAUACCGACAAACUGGUUUGUCUCUGCCGGCUUUUUAAUGGCAGACAGACAUUCAAAUGU